AUGCAGGCCACCUUCGACAUAUACGCCCAAUACGAACGGGCGUCUGGGGCUAAGUUGAACCGUGGCAAGUCCAAGGGCUUGUGGUUAGGUGCCUGGAAAGAUCGUCAGGACACCCCGCACGGUAUCAAAUGGGUGAAGGAGUUGUCGCUGCUGGGUGCUACCAUCAGUGCUGGCGAUUACUCCACAGCUACUUGGGAGGCUCCAGUCGCUAAGGUCGAGAAGAGCUUGUCGUCCUGGAAGGGGCAUCAACUUACCUACAGGGUAAGGCGAUAGUGAUCAAAACCUUGGCCCUCUCCCAGAUCUGGCACUUGUGCCAUGUGUUUACCAUCCCGGAGUGGGCCAAGAAGCGCAUUGUUAAAGCCACCUGGGGUUUUUUUCUGUUCGGGUCGCCGCGAGUUGGUUGCCCGUCGUACAGUUUGUUUGCUCAAAAGUCAAGGGGGCUUUGGGGUCAUUGACUUUGAUUUGAAGGCGAAGGCUUUUGUCAUUCAGUGGGUAAAACGUUACUUUGCUCCUACCCCUGCUAAAUGGAAAGCCUUUUUUAGUUUCUUUUGUAUGUCGUGUCUGUCCGUCACACCUGUGGAAGUGUUUUCUACUUCCACCUUUCCGCGCAAUUUGAUUGCCCUUCUUCCUCCUUUUUACCAGCACAUCGUCCGGGCCUGGUCCCAAUUUGAUGGUGGUGCUGUUUCUGGCAUUCUCUUGUUGGAUGUCUCUUCCGACACGCCUCGACCUCUUGCGGAACUCAACUCGCACUCGACGUACGUGAUCGGCCGUCGUCGCAUCACUCCCCAGCCCCAUUGUUUCGGCAAGUUUCUGCCUCGGUACGGCCCGCUGCACUGGUCCGAAACUUGGGACCAGAUCCAUCUUCAGUCCUUGGAUCGUGCAGUCGUCGACGUGAACUGGAAGAUCGCCCACGGUGUCAUCUACACCGCCUCCCGCCUUGUCACCGGCUUUGGGAUGGCGAACAGCGAUCUCCAGUGUCACUGUCGUGCCGAUGCAGAAACCCUUGAAUAUCUCUUCUUUGAGUGUCGAUACGCCCGUAUUUUGGUCGGCUGGGUAUAUUUCAACUUGAUGCAGUACGAUGGUUCGGCAACACCCUUCACGGUCGAAGAGUUGUUGUUUGGUGUUUCUCGUGCGAGGCGUAAGCGCAUUCCCCACGUCAUCAUCUGGAUGCUUCAGCUGGUGAAGCACUACCUGUGGGUUGCGCGGAACGAGUUCCGCUUCCGGGAUAAACGUCGCACCGAAGCGGAUUGUCUGAAGGCAAUCAUUGCGCGAUUGAAAUUUUUGCUCAAAGUGUCGCCGGCCGCUGUCGUUCUCCUUCUCAAAUUCGGUCGUUUGAGAAGCAGUGGUUGGCCAAUAAGACUCUCGGGCAAAUUGAGGGCGAGAUGCUGGUCUUCUCAUUUUAACUUCUUUUUCCUAGGUUAGCUAGCCUCGUCCUCGUUCUGUGAACGGGGUUCGCCUUCGUUGGUUGUACUGCCGGACUCGGUUCGUCGUCUUCUUGUGCUAGCUGGCUUAGUCUUCUUCUUCGCCGUUCUGUGAACGGGGGUCGCCUUCAUUGGUUGUACUGCCUGGAUCGGUUCGGUGUUCUUAUGGCUUCUUUUUAGCUUUUUUAAAGCUUUUUUAUCCUAGCUUAGCGGUAGCUUAGCUUUUUACAUUCGGAAGCGUAACCAGAUUAGAUUUAUCAUCUAGGUCUAAAUAUACCAUCGUGCCGCAUCAGAAUAAUAAAAAAUGGCCGGUAUAUAUAGAACGGAGGUGAUGAUGAUGAUGAUGAUGAUGAUGAUGAUGAUGAUGAUGAUGAUGAUGAUGAUGAUGAUGAUGAUGAUGAUGAUGAUGAUGAUGAUGAUAAUGAUGAUGAUGAUGAUGAUGAUGAUGAUGAUGAUGAUGAUGACGAUAACAAAUUCUUAAAAAGGGCCUGUCCUUUAAACUUGAUUUUUAUUUAA